AUGAUGCCUAGGUGGGGCAGAGCUUUGAUCCAGUUAAGUAGGGUUAGCAAUUUUAAGAAAAGUGCUGAUUUUGUGAGGAGGGAUUUGUAUGCUCGCUCGUUUCGUAACUAUGCAAAGGUUGCGGCUGCUAACGCGGAGCCAAGUGUUGAGUCUGAUACCACUAAACCUGAGGUGAACCUUAACAAGAUGUUCUGGUCCAAGCCAUGUUCAAUAGCAUUAGCGCCUGAUUCACCAAAUAGGAUCGAAGAACCACAAUAUGAGGGCAUGAAGCGAUUAAUCCUUAAGUUGAUGCUAUUCUACAGUAAACAAAGCCAGCACAUCCGUUGGGCUAAUGCUAUUUACAGCCGUGUGACAUAUCAAGUUGAUAGACCGGCUAUAUAUGACGUGUUUAGCUUGGAGACGACAUUCAGAACAACAUUUUCAUUGCUUGUGCUCCAUAUGUGGCUUUGUCUACGUCGCCUCAAGGAAGAAGGAAAAGAAGGUGUUGAGUUGGGGCAAUACAUAUAUGAGAUAUUUAAUCAUGAUCUGGAACUGAGGGUGUCUAAGGCUGGGGUGAAUUUACUGCUUACCAAAUGGAUGAAGGAGUUAGAGAAGAUAUUCUAUGGAAAUAUUGUUGCUUAUGAUACCGCCAUUGGGAAUCAGGAUGAACUGCAAAAUGUUAUUUGGCGGAAUGUGUUCUCGGAUGAGGGAGCAUCUAAACCAAGUGAGGGUGCCUUACCGUUUGUCCAGGCAAUGACAAGGUAUGUUCGUCGGGAAGCAAGCUGUCUAUCAUUAACAGAUAAAGAAGCCAUAUUAUCGGGAAACUUCAUGUUCACGUCAUUGGAGGGUUCAAGUGCUAAUACAGUGAAGAAGUAA